AACUCAAGUUAAGCUAACUAAACAAAACCCCAUUUUCCCAAGAAAAAAAAAAAUCAGAGAGAGAGAGAAAGAAAAAAUGAAGCAAAUAGUCUCUCUUGAUAGAAAGAUUCAAUCUUUGUACCCUCUUGCAUUGGCUUCUAUUCUAUUGUUAGGAACUACAAGGUUGAUUUUUGAUGGGUUAAAGAGCAACAAUAGCUAUGUAUUCCAGAAAUAUGGAAGGCAAACUAGGGCACAACAACAACAUGUAGUGGUUUCUCCAAAGGAUCUUAUUGAUGAGAGUUGUAAUGUUUUUGAAGGGAAUUGGGUUUGGGAUAAUGUGUCUUAUCCACUUUAUGAAGAGCAAAGUUGCCCUUAUCUGGUCAAACAAGUUACUUGUCAAAAGAAUGGAAGGGAAGAUAGUUUCUACAAGAAUUGGAGGUGGAAACCUAAUGGGUGUGAUCUUCCAAGGUUUGAUGCAUUAAAACUACUACAAAUUUUGAGAGGAAAACGUUUGAUGUUUAUAGGAGACUCUGUACAAAGAGGCCAAUUUGAAUCAUUGGUUUGUAUGGUUCAAUCUAUUAUACCUAAAGACAAAAGAUCCCUAGAAAGAAUCCCUCCAAGAAAGAUUUUCAAAAUCAAGGAAUACGAUGCUUCGAUCGAGUACUACUGGGCACCAUUUAUAGUGGAAUCAAUAUCAGAUCAUGCAACAAAGCACACUGUAAUGAAAAGGCUGGUGAAGCUUGACUCAAUAGCUAAGCAUGGUAAACAUUGGGAAGGUGUUGAUUAUUUGGUGUUUGAGAGCUAUGUAUGGUGGAGAUACAAGCCUACUAUCAAUGCAACAUAUGGGAAUCCAGAUGAUGUACAGGAAUAUAAUGUGAGUACAGCAUAUAGAUUGGCUUUAAAUACAUGGGCAAAUUGGAUAGACUCCACAAUCAAUCCCCAAACUCAGAAGGUCUUCUUCAUGAGUAUGUCUCCUACACAUUUAUGGAGCUGGGAAUGGAAAGGAGGGAGCAACGAAAACUGUUUUAACGAAACAUACCCGAUACAAGACUCACCAUCCUACUGGGGUAGUGGUUCAAGCCUUGAAAUCAUGGAUAUUAUUCAUGACACUUUAUCAGGGCUGAAAACUAAUGUAAAAUUUCUAAACAUAACAAGAUUAUCAGAGUUCAGAAAAGAUGCUCACACUACAAUAUAUGGCGAACGCAAAGGCAAGCUCUUGACAAAGGAACAGAGAGCUGAUCCCAAAAACUUUGCUGAUUGCAUCCACUGGUGUUUGCCUGGUGUUCCUGACACAUGGAAUGAAAUUUUGUAUGCAUAUUUGUUAAAGAGUCAUCAAAAUAUUUCAUAAUAUAAAAAUGACUCUUUUCCGAAAUUUUCUUACUAUGAAGAAGAAGAUGAUCAGUACCUGCAAGAGUAAGAAGAGAAGAAAAGAGAGAACAAACAAACAAACAAUCACCACAAAAGAAUACGAAUUUUUUGUUAUUUUUUCCAUUUCUCAUUUAUUUUUCUUGAUUCAAAAAAGGUUCAAGAGUAAUUUUGUACCACAUUUGCUGCAUAACUACCUCAUUUCAUGGGGUUCUAAUCAAAA